CCUAUGGUAGGUAGGUAGGUACCUAGGUAAACAACAAGCGCCGCAUUGCCGAAAGAAUUGAUCUGCAAUUCCACCACAUAGUAGCCCGUACCGCGACUGGGCCAAAUCACAUUGAUGCUCAACUCGAAAACCUACCUGUUUGCACCUGCUUGAAAGGAUACAACACAAUUUAGUGCGGUCCGGGCAGCUACAUUGCCUCAGCGUAGGAUACAAGGCGCCCUAGCCUACCAAACCAUCUCACAUAGCCAUCAAGAUGGCACACAGCAAAAGAAACACCAGCAGGGCUGUCUUCACCUCGUACGAGAGGGAGCUGGCCAAGGCGGCCUGGGGCUCCAACUCGGCCCGCCUGUCGCGCGAAUCCUUCCUCCCCUUCGCCUCAUGCUCGCUCUGCCUCGACGCGGCCGUCGACCCCGUGGCCUGCUCCGCCGGCGACGUCUUUUGCAGGGAGUGUGCCCUGAGCAACAUCCUGGCCCAGAAGAAGGAGAUCAAGCGCGCUGAGAAGGCGCUGCUCAGCGGCGAGAAGGAGGCCAGGGAUGCAAAGGCCAUCGAAGAGCUUGAGGCUCACGAGCGCGCUGUAAAAGAGUUUGAGCUCACACAGGCUGGGUUCGAUGUGCAGCGCAAGAGCUCGACCGCACCGGCGGGUGGAGGGGCAGACGGGGGAGGAGGAGGAGGAGGAGGGUCGGAGGCGCCACCGUCCAAGGCGGUUGCGUUAUUAGAGGAUGGCAGCGCCUCCACCCAGGACAGGAAAAGACGGUUCGAGCUUGACGAGGACGAAGUGGCACGCAUCGCAGCCGAGGAUCGGGCAAAAGCUCGCAAGACCAUCGACAGCGAAAAGGCGGCCAAGCCGAAGCUGCCCUCCUUUUGGGUACCAACAGUGACGCCUACAUCCAACGAGAAAAACGUACUGCAUGAAAUCAAAAAGGCUGUCAAGACGCAGCCCGUUUGCCCCAGCUCGACAGAGGACAACCCCCACUUUUACUCGCUGCACUCGCUUAUCAAGGUAAACUUUACCGACGAAGGCGAGGCGGAAGAGGAGCAGUCGAGCAGCGCACCAAAAUCAAAGAAACAAGUCAGGAUAUGCCCGUCCUGCAGAAAGGGACUUACAAACAGCUCAAAGGCGGUCCUUGCCAAGCCGUGCGGGCACGUCCUGUGCGGCCCGUGUGUGAAGCAGUUCAUGACGCCUUCGGGCAAGUUUGACCCCCACGCGCCCGACUCGGACCCGAAUGCGGUUCGGUGUUUUGUAUGCGAGGAAGACGUGACUGAGAGGAAAGAGGCGCCUCAGAGCUCGUCGUCGGGUGAUAAGAAGAAGAAAAAGGACAAGAUUUUGCCGGGUCUGGUUGAGCUUCGAAGCGAAGGUACCGGCUUCUCGGCAGGGGGAAAGAAUGAAGUCAAAAAGGUUGGUGUGGCGUUUCAGUGCUGAAUGCAUAUUCACGUUGUAGAUUUAGAACAUUAGAAUAUGGGCAUCGCGAGGUGUCAAUGUAUUCAACAGAGCAAAUGACACAUGUAAUGCCUAUAAUAAAAAAAAUGAAAUCGUCG